AUGGCUUCUGUCACAUCCUCCAGCCGCAGAUCUUCCUCGUCCUUCCACUCAUCUUCUCGUUACAGCACCUCCAGCUCCUUCAGGUCAGAGGGCUCACUGGACAGAUCGUCUGAUUCCCUGGAUCCACUCUUUGAGCCAUUUCUUGACUCUGACGGUUACUCCAGUUUGUUUAGAGAAGAGGGCUCCGGAGGUCAAAACUGUUUGGACCCCUUUAGCAGACGCAGCAGAUCCUCCUUUGGACAAAUGGCUCCCGUAGGUGGUGCUGUGACAGCCCGACAGAGCAGUACAGGUGGUGGUGUGCAUUGCUUGGGAGACAGUUACUACAUGUCAGCUGAUGUGAGCCAGUUUGAGCCGCACGAUGUGGUAGUGAUGGCCUUCAACCACCACGUUGUCGUUCAUGCAGAGAAGAUCCACGAUGAUGGAAGUGUCAGUGACACUUUCACCCAUAAGUCCCUGUUCCCAGAGGAUAUGGACCCCUUGUCUGUCAGUGGGAACAUUAAUCCUGAUGGUACUCUAGUUGUGAGCGUCCGCCGGACCACAGCACCGGAGCCCCAGAGUGUCCUGAUCUAUCGCAGCGAAGCUCACCUUUGA